AUGGGUGCCUGUUUAUCUAUUUGUCUACGAUACGAUGAAUAUGGGAAUGGAAAUCAUGAGAAUGGAGAAACUGACCCAUUGAUGCCGGGGAAUUAUGAAGAUAAUGGAGAGAUAAGUGCCGCUAGGAGAAAAGAUGAGCUUGAUAAGAUUGUCAAUGAGACAGUAGCGAGCUUUGUUGAUAUCUCAUCAUUUUUAGACAUCAAGCAGUCAGUUCCAGCGAAAGAGUUUUUAAAGGAUGCGCAGAAGAAAAACUUCAGAUUUGGUAAUGGGAUGGUGAACCAAUAUGUCGCAGAAAACAUUGACCAGCAUUAUAUCAAUUUAACAUCAGAGUCAGUAUCACCAGAAAUGAAAGAUAGAUUAAAGAGCUGCUCUAAAGAAAUCAACCAGAACUUGGAAAAUCUUUUAGGUAAAUUGGGUGAGGGCAUGCCAAGUGGGAAAGUUGUGGGGAAACUAUAA